AUGACUUCUCUCCACAUUGACAUUGGGGAAAUCCCAACACUCGAUGGCAAAAUCGUGGUGCUCACAGGUGGUUCUUCGGGCAUAGGGCUGGCGGCAGCGCGCAUCUUUGCGUCAAAGGGCGCCAAGGUGCAUGUGCUCGACAGAGUACCGAUCGACUGGGACUUCGACAUCUUCAUGAUCCCAGGCCAGGUCGACGACGGCACGCGCAAGGAGAAGCUCGGCAGGGACGUCGACGCCGCCAUCGAGUUCCACGAGUGCGACAUGACGAGCUGGAAGCAGCUCUCGUCCGUCUUCAGCGGGAUCCCGCACAUCGACAUCGCCGUCGCGAACGCCGGCGUGUCGGAGGAGGUGGACUACUUCGCGGACAUCGUCGACGAGGCCGGCGAGCUCGUGGAGCCCAAGUACUCGGUGCUCGACGUCAACGUCCGGGCGACCCUCAACUUUGUCAAGCUCGCGCUGAGCAAAUUCGGCAAGCAGGGUCCCGGGGGCAGCCUGGUCAUCACCACCAGCGCGACGGCGUAUUCCCCGGAGCAGAGCCUGCCUGUGUACAGCGCCUCCAAGCUUUUUCUGGUGGGCCUGAUUCGCUCUCUGCGCCCUUCGAUCAAGAAGUUCGGGGCGGUGAUCAACGGCGUGGCGCCCGCGGCCACCAUUUCCAAGCUGCUGCCCGGGAACCUGGCCGCGCCAAUCAUACAAGCCGGCGCGCCCGUGAGCAGCGCGUUCCACGUCGGCCUGGCCGUCGUGUUCUCGGCCACGGCCACGCAGGACCACCAGGUCGAAGCGUACGGGAGGGACGACCCGGCCGAGGUGCAGUCGAGUGGUCGCUGGAACGGCCGAGUGAUCGUCACCCUGGGGGAUCGCUGGACCGAGGUGGAGGAGCCUACCGCCUCUCUGAGAUCUCAGUGGUUCGGUGAAUGGCCGACUGAGAUGACGGCGUUCCAGCAAAAGCUUACCGACAACCGGUGA